AUGGUUAAGGUUAGUUUGGAUAACGUCAAAUUACUGGUCGAUGUUGAUAAGGAGCCCUUCUUUAAGCCAUCCAGUACUACAGUGGGUGAUAUUCUGACUAAAGAUGCUCUAGAGUUUAUUGUUCUUUUGCACAGAACUUUCAACAACAAAAGAAAGCAGCUGUUGGAAAACAGACAAGUUGUUCAGAAGAAAUUGGACUCGGGCUCCUAUCACCUGGAUUUCCUGCCUGAAACAGCAAACAUUAGAAACGAUCCCACUUGGCAAGGCCCAAUUUUGGCUCCGGGGUUAAUUAAUAGGUCUACGGAAAUCACAGGGCCUCCAUUGAGAAAUAUGUUGAUCAACGCUCUAAAUGCUCCAGUGAAAACUUAUAUGACUGAUUUUGAAGAUUCUGCUUCUCCUACCUGGAACAACAUGGUUUACGGUCAAGUCAAUCUCUACGAUGCCAUUAGAAACCAAAUCAAUUUUGACACACCAAGAAAAUCCUACAAAUUGAAUGGGAAUGUGGCUGACUUGCCUACUAUUAUCGUGAGACCCCGUGGGUGGCACAUGGUGGAGAAGCACCUUUAUGUAGAUGACGAACCAAUUAGCGCCUCUAUCUUUGAUUUUGGUUUGUAUUUCUACCAUAAUGCCAAAGAAUUAAUCAGAUUGGGUAAAGGUCCUUACUUUUACUUACCAAAGAUGGAGCACCAUUUGGAAGCCAAACUAUGGAAUGACAUAUUUUGUGUAGCUCAAGAUUAUAUCGGGAUUCCAAGAGGCACAAUCAGAGCCACCGUGUUGAUUGAAACUUUGCCUGCUGCUUUCCAAAUGGAAGAGAUUGUUUAUCAACUUAGACAACAUUCUAGUGGGUUGAAUUGUGGGCGUUGGGACUACAUUUUCUCCACAAUCAAGAGAUUGAGAAACGACCCUAAUCACAUUUUGCCCAAUAGAGAUCAAGUAACGAUGACCUCCCCUUUCAUGGAUGCAUACGUGAAAAGAUUAAUCAAUACUUGUCAUCGGAGGGGUGUUCAUGCCAUGGGCGGUAUGGCUGCACAAAUCCCUAUCAAGGACGAUCCGGUAGCCAAUGAAAAGGCCAUGACUAAAGUCCGUAAUGAUAAGAUUAGAGAGCUGACAAAUGGCCAUGAUGGGUCGUGGGUUGCACACCCAGCACUGGCUCCUAUUUGUAAUGAAGUUUUCAUUAAUAUGGGAACCCCAAAUCAAAUUUACUUUAUUCCUGAAAACGUUGUUACAGCUGCGAAUCUUUUAGAAACCAAGAUUCCAAAUGGUGAGAUUACUACUGAGGGCAUUGUACAAAAUUUGGACAUCGGGUUGCAAUACAUGGAAGCUUGGCUAAGAGGCUCUGGUUGCGUGCCCAUUAACAAUUUAAUGGAAGACGCCGCCACUGCAGAAGUAUCCCGUUGUCAAUUAUAUCAAUGGGUGAAACACGGCGUUACUCUAAAGGACACGGGAGAAAAAGUCACACCUGAAUUAACCGAAAAAAUCUUGAAAGAGCAGGUUGAAAAAUUAUCCAAGGCAAGUCCAUUGGGUGAUAAGAACAAAUUCGCGCUGGCCGCCAAGUAUUUUUUGCCAGAAAUCAGAGGCGAGAAAUUCAGUGAAUUUCUGACUACAUUGUUGUACGAUGAAAUUGUGACCACCAAGGCCACAGCUACCGAUUUGAGCAAGUUGUGA